AUGGUCCCAUGACAAUUGAACUGAUGAUAUAUGUAUAAUACGAAGAAGAUAGAGAAAUGGAACCGGAUUAGUCCACGUGGUAACAUCCGUUUAUUUUUUCCCGCAUCAAAAAGCGUUCAAUACUCCAUUACUACUAUUCCUUCUCACUUGUUCUCUCUCUCUCUCUCUAAUCUCUCUUUAUAAUCAUAAGAGAGACGACGACGACGCACAUUUACUAAUCUCCUUUGACGUGUAACGCCGUUUAAACCAUUCUUUCCUACUGCUUCCGCUUUCUCGUCGUCAUCCCCACCGUCCGUUUAUAUUUUUAAUGGCGACGAUUCAGAAGCAAGAAGAAGUUGGAGUCCAAGAUCAAAGCCUAAGACCCGUUGAUCUCAUCAACGGCAUCAGAAACGUCGAGACUUCAAGACCUUUCCAAGUAAACCCUACAGUGAGCCUCGGACCCAAGCCGGAGCCGGUGAUGCAUAUGCAAGCUCCACCUUCGAUUUCGAUGUCUUUGGCUCCACCUUCUUCCACGGGACCGCCAUUGAAGAGAGCUUCCACUAAAGACCGUCACACCAAGGUCGAAGGAAGAGGCAGAAGGAUACGGAUGCCUGCCACGUGCGCCGCUAGAAUUUUUCAACUGACACGAGAGUUAGGUCACAAGUCCGACGGGGAGACGAUCCGUUGGUUGCUGGAGAACGCAGAGCCGGCGAUUAUCGCCGCCACGGGUACGGGAACGGUUCCCGCCAUCGCUAUGUCGGUUAACGGCACCCUAAAAAUCCCGACGACGACGAACGCUGAUCCUGACUCCGGUGACAACCCGAUGAAGAAGAAACGUAAACGACCUUCCAACAGUGAGUAUAUUGACAUAAACGACGCCGUUACAUCUUCCUCCGGUUUGGCUCCCAUUACCACCCCGACGACGACGACGACGAUCCAACAACUUCCUGCACCGUCCACCGUGGCUCAGCAACAUCUGUAUCCGAUGUGGGCGAUUCCAUCAAACGCAGUGAUUCCGACGGUGGGAGCUUUCUUCUUGGUUCCACAAAUGGCUGGUCAGUCGAAUCAGCCUCAGCUAUUAGCAUUUCCGGCAGCUGCUUCGCCGUCUUCUUACGUGGCGGCUGUUCAGCAGGCAUCGUCGAUGGCUAGACCGCCACCGUCUCAUCAAGUUUACCCUGGCAGCGGCGUUUCAGACAUAAGCGGUUCGAAUUCCUCAAGAACGACGUCGGUGAUGGCACCGAGCUCAAGCUCCGGAACAACAACAGGGGGUUCAUCGUCUGGUGCAAGAACAGCGACGCACACGCUGAGAGACUUCUCGCUAGAGAUAUACGAGAAACAAGAGCUUCACCAGUUCAUGAGCAGCACAACAACAAGGUCAUCGAACCACUGAAGAGAAAAAAGAGAGGAAACGACGGCGUUCAAGCAAUCGGGGGAAAGGCACGUGGGCACGUGAAGAAGCGCACGUGUUAAGUGGACCUAGAAUUUAGGCAAGAUGUAGGGGCCAUGUCGUUGGUGGGUCAACACGCACCAAAAAGAAAGCAGAGAGUGGCCAAAGGGGCCACACGGCUCCCAGCUUAAAAAGCAUCCUCCCGAAACGUUUUGGUGGGGGCUCACCACUUUGUCCUUUCUUUUUUGGUCUUUGUAAUUUACACACACAUUUAAAAAAAAAAAAAAAGAUUAAUUUAUUGAAGCCCUCACUUACUUGAGUCAUGGUCCACUCAACAACAAUUGUGA